CACACAGUCUGGAGAUUUGGCGAGAUUUGUGAGGCUUCGUUGUGAAACCAAGUGAAACUGGGUCAUAAUGCACGCAAGUUGUUCGACUGAAAGCCGCAGAGAAACCGUUUUGCUGUCUGAGUCGAGUGUGACGCGAAAGUCUGAAUCUUUUUUCUUUGGGUAUUGAGAAGCUGGUCUCCCGUGUUGCGGCAGUCUUUUUCUUAUAAUGGAUAGGAGUAAACGACUGUGAUAUAUAUACAAUGGCGAGCUCGUAUCUUUCGAGUAAGAGAUACACUUACAUACACGAAAGUGGAAGUGAGACACGUAGAGGAGCCAUUGACAUUCACCAUGUGAUCAUCAACAGAAGCAGAUCAACUGGUUAUGCCCGUCUUAUGGGCCUUGCUUUCUUCCUUGUUAAUUUGGGUGUCUCUAUGUACUUUUUUCUUGAAAAGGAUAAUCCACUUAGAACUCUUUCUUGGAGCUGCCUUUUAAGUGGUUUCUUUGUUGUGAUACAAUGCCGGAAGUUAGUCAAGAAAGAAUCUGUUAUAAUCAUGCCAAACUUCGGGAUCCAACUUGAAACCCAAUAUUUAAGUGGAAAAACUGUCUCCACGUUUAUCCCCAUUGGUAAGAUUUUGAAGCCUGUGCUUGUGGAAUGUGUCACACCUGUUACAUGUUAUUGGAGUCUCUCUUUAUUUCUGCGCGAUGAAGAACAGCUUACAUUGGUGUUUAAGGAACUGCGUCCGUCAUUGAAGAUGUUGGUUCCCAUUUGGAAGGGAUUGUGUGCUGUUAUUGUCACAGAUCAAAGUAAAAUGAUAACCGAAGAAAAACAUGUUGUAGUAUCUGGUUAAGCAUCUACGUGUAAUUUUCAUUGCCACUACAAGCAAAUGAACAUGGAAGGACAGAAUUUAAGUUUUAAAAUACUCUUUUCACUGGUGAACUUUUUCAUUCCACACUAAAACUUUUCAUGACCAAGGUUUCUAGCGUGCACAAGAGUAGCAAUACAAAAAAAGAUUCAACGAUGUUGAUAUUUUA